GAGUUUAUAGGAAUAGGAAUGUAAAAAUAUCUAUUUUAGAUUUUAUUCGUCUAUUAUAUUAGAUUGUUCAAGCAAGUUUAACUUACCCUUGGUGCUUCAAUUCAAAUGGCAAGCCGGAGUCGUUCCCGAGAACGGGAGGAUCGUAAUCACCGAUCGUUUAAAGGUAAGAACAAAGAAGACCGUAACAGGCGAAGACGACAAAGCUCCAGCAGUAGCAGCAGCAGCAGCAGUACCAGCGAUAGCGAUAGCAGCGAUGAUCGUUCACGACAGAAGAACCGCCAUAAGCGACGAUCCGAUUCACAUUCACCUCGAAAACACACCAGUCGCGAUGAACGUAAAAAACGGCAAAAGCAGUCGGACAAAUCAAGUCGACGGUCAAACUCGCGAGAACACAGACGUCACUCCAGUUCCAGGGAUCGUUCCAAGCAACAAACGCGCUCUCGUAAACACAAGUCCCCGGAUCCGAGUGAGCAGCAACGGGUUGACUUCAGUUACAAUGGAUCCUCCGGCGGAGGUAUUUCCAGCAAACGAUGGGAUAACGAUAUGUAUCGGGAGAAUCAGUCCCGCCACGACGCCGAUCGCAGUUACCGGCCUCGGUAUAGAACGGUUAACGACGCUAUGGACGAGGAGCUUCUGCAGUCCCGUCGCUUGCAGCGAGAAGCAAUCGGCGAAGAAGGCGCUCCGAUGGUGUGGGCUGAUUCGCCCUCCCCGCGAGACUCGUCCGAUGACGAGGAAGGCGAGCAGACGGUGGUGAAAAAAUCCGCAAAAAAGUCUUCAAAGAAAAAGUCGCGAUCCGGAAGCGACAAAAAGAAGAAGGAUAAAAAGAAAAAGAAGUCAUCGAAAAAGCACCGUAAGAAGGAGAAGCAUUCGAAGAAGAAAAAGAAGAAAGCAGCAUCCGGUAGUUCUUCUUCCUCGGGGGAGAGUGACGGUGAAGAGGAAGACGAAUGGGUGGAGAAAUCUGCCGCUGGGGCGGACCAUUCUAGGCUUGCCAAGGCGGGCAGUUCGAAGGCCGGUGUUGUAGCUCUGGAGGAAGAAACAGCGGACGGAGUUGUUGGCCCGACAAAAACGAGCGGUAAUCUAAGCCAGAAGGACUUCGGUCGGGCGCUGUUGCCCGGUGAAGGAGCGGCUAUGGCCGCUUACGUCACCGAGGGCAAACGUAUACCUCGGCGUGGUGAAAUUGGGCUUACCUCGGAGGAGAUCGAUACCUUCGAGAAGGUGGGCUACGUUAUGAGCGGCAGUCGGCAUCGUCGAAUGGAAGCUGUUCGAAUACGUAAGGAAAAUCAAAUUUAUUCUGCGGACGAGAAGCGAGCUCUGGCAAUGUUCAGCAAAGAGGAACGACAGAAGAGGGAGAACAAGAUUUUGUCACAGUUUAAGGAGAUGAUAAGCGCCAAGCUGGCGAGCGACAAACACUGAGAAAAGUGCGUACAGUUAGAAAUCCGAUUACUUGUAUUAAUUUUAAUAAAAUAUAAGACCAACUUGGUGUUUUAUGGUUUAUUCUAAACGGUGACUUAGUUACAACUCAUACUUAUUUGGUAUAAAACUAUUUCACAGCUACUUCUGCUCAGUC